CUCUCUCUCUCUCCGUCUCUGCUGAAAGCCGUCGGACCUUCUGGAUCUCUCCUUUCUGCCUCAGCGGAGAAGCUUCUGGAGACCGGGGCGCGACAUUAAGACCGGCAGACCCUCCACCGUCUGGGGAAGGAUUUCAAAGCGGAGACAAGCAGUUUGUAAAGACAGAGAAGAAGACGUCAAGAGACACCAACAGGCCCAACAUGGCUCUGCUGUGCUACAACAAAGGCUGCGGGGAGAAGUUUGACCCCGACAAGAACAAGGAUGAUUCCUGCCUCUUCCAUCCAGGAGUCCCCAUCUUCCAUGACGCCCUGAAGGGUUGGUCCUGCUGCAAGAAGAGGACGACAGACUUCUCAGAGUUUCUCUCCAUCAAGGGCUGCACCCGUGGGCGCCACAGUGACGUGAAGCCCCAGGAGCCUCUGAGGCCCGAGGUGUCGUCAGAUAAGAGCGAGGCAAAACCCGCCAGCGACCGGGAGAUCAUCUACCAGGGCCCCAAAUCUGCCGAGGUGCUGCAGAAAGAGAGACCCAGCUCAGACCAGCCCAUGACCAAGUUACCCCACAAAGUGUCAGCGUCUCUCAUUCAGGCGCUGGAGAAACUGGGACUGAACAGGAGCGCAGAGAGCGAGAAGAAAGACAGUGAGGUCGUGAUGCACGGGACGCGCUGCAAGAACACAGGCUGCAAAACAAUCUAUGAAGGCCCAGACACAGACAUGGAGGUCUGCACCCACCACCCUGGAGCCCCCGUCUUCCAUGAGGGGUACAAAUACUGGAGCUGCUGCUGCAUAAAGACGACAGACUUCAACGCGUUCCUGGACCAGAAGGGCUGCACCACGGGGAAACACCGCUGGGUUGCAAAGCAGGAUAAGAAGAAAGUGGCAUGUCGACACGACUGGCACCAAACCGCAAACACGGUCGUGGUGACAAUUUACGCCAAGAACUCAGAUCCCGAUUUCUGCAGCAUAGAAGCGAAUCCAACAGUGCUUUUAUGUCAAAUCCAGUUUGAGAACAAGAUUUUCAAGAGAGAAUUUCACUUCUGGGGGGUGAUCGACACCAAACAGAGUUGGGUCAACAUGGUCCCGUCUAAAGUGGAGAUCACCCUCCGUAAGGCCAACCAGAUGUCCUGGGGCAAACUGGAGGACCCGAACUACAAGCCAGAGCCGGAGCCCGUCGUCAUCGACGACGUCAAUGGCAACCAGGAGUCCCAGCAGCCCGACUGGGACAUCGCCGACGACGACAUCAGCGACUCGGACGAGGAGUGGGCCUACGACACGCCGGAGAACAAGAACCAAGGGGGCAAGAGUGAAGAGCUGAGGAAGAGGAGGGAAGAGCAGGAGGUGCAGAAUUUAAAAAGGAAGGAGGUGGAGGAAGAGAUGAAGAGGCUGAUGCAGGAGCAGAAGAGGGCGGAGGAGCAGAGGAGGGAGCUGGAGGAGCAACGGAGGGAGGAGGAACAGGAAGGAUAUGAAGACAUGCCAGACCUGGAAGAUCACAAUGCUGACGUGGAGUGAUGUGAAAAAAAACAAACAGAAUUUCCCUUCUUUUUAGCAACCAACACUAAAUACUCUCAUUUUCCUGCAGUAACUUUAUAUCAUAUCAGAGGAGAUGAGCCUGUUGAAAUCUUUUGAUUAUGCAAAAUACAUAAUUAUAGCAAUAAAUCUUUUUUUUUA